AAGUGACUUAAGUCGGUCGAGGUUUCGAUUUGCAAGUUGACCGAAUUCCGAGGACAAUUCCCCCAAAAUGUCGAGAGGAUCAGGUCCAAUUUUGCCCCAUGGACCUAAAACGAAGGUUUUUACUACAGAGCAGGCGACGAGGAGCGUAGUUGUGACUAAUAUAGCGUCGCAGACUGCAGAUAAAAACAUCAUUAUUUAUUUUCAGAGGGAAAGUAAUGGCGGAGGAGAGAUCGAUAAUGUACACAUUCCACAGAAAGGAACAGCCGUCGUUACCUUUGAGAGCAAAGAAGGUUUGUGUGAAACUAGUUUUUUCAUGUUAUAUUUAUUUGUAGUAGUGUUUGAACGCGAAUUGACUUCAUGGUCGAUGAUGCUAGACAGUACUUCCGGCUUCGCCAACGUGGUUCGACGAGCUUGCAGAAGCUAAUGGCUUUCAUCUGAUGCAGAAAGUGAUUCGUCGGCCGAAUAAAUUUUGAAAACUCAGUUUUAUAUAGAGGUGCUGCGAAGCUACUGUAUGCAUGUUAUGUACAAUAGUCAUAUACGAAUACCUUCAUCAAAAUAAAACCUUAUGGCAUCGUCAAAGGUCGCCGGAGAAAAAAAAGUUCCAAGAAAAACUUCUGAAGAGAUAAAGGGAGUGUUAUUUCAUUCAUGUAGGGAUGGUGAAUACAAUUGUUAUGAAGAGUGCUGUGAAACCUCUUUUCUGGAGGGUACGGAUCAAAUUUUAAGAAUAAUUGUUACUUUCUGAAGGGGUUACCGCAGGAAAAGAAUUUGUUGGGAUCAAGGCACCUUAUCAAUGGGAUGUUGGGGUAGUGGUUUUGUGAUUUGUGUACUUUAAGUCAAAAAAGGCGAUCAGUGACAUUUUUUUCCUAAAUUAUCUGCAUCAACUUCCCAUAGGCUACACUUUCUCUGUGCAAUAUCUUAAAUAGUGGCUGUGCCAUCUGCCCUGCACUUGAGCGGGGUAACGGGCACACUUGAAUCUAACUGAAUCUAACAAAUACCUCAAACGUAGGUUUCAAUUUUUAAAUAAGAUGUCUGAAGAGUGACCUUACCAAUAAGUCUCCGACCUCCUAAACCUAGUUGAUUUUAAAAAAUUACUAACCUUGAAAACAUGGUUUUAAUGCAAUACAUGUACAGCAUGAGAUAUGUUUUUUUUUUUUUUUGCAUUACCUAGUUGUGGAGAAAGUCCUGAAGCAUUCUCACAUACUUGAUGGGUCAAAAUUAAAGCUUGAGCGAUUUACUCCCGAACAAUUCCCUGAGGUUAGUAAAAGAAAGUUACAUUGGUUACUAACAAACAAAUGCAUUAAUAAUUUUGUGAGGAAAGCAUCUUUUCAAUGAGUCUUUCUUCUAAUCGAGUAAAGACGUAGCUGAAUUCAACCUGGGGUCUGAUUGUUCUAUACAAAAUAACUGAAGAGUCUUAAUAUCUUGUUCCUCUCGGCUUCUUCAAUGAAUAUGAGCUUUACUAAUACCAAGGUAUCUCUUGGAGUAUUGAUUAAGUAGCUUGGUGUGAUGUUCUUAAAGUAGGAAUCAUGUGAUCCGUAUUACACCUGUAAACAUGAUUGGCAAAGACGUUAGCCAGGGUAAAUUAUGCGUGCAAUACCUUCCAGCACCAUGUCGACUUCCGAUUUCUGGGUAACACUUUCACUCAGUUCCAAAGGACAAAUUGUGCAUGCCGGCAGUUACGUUUCCUUUAUUUCAUCGAUUUUCUUUUACAGGUUCUUACGCAAGUUGAGGCGCGUGUUAACUUUGGUACAUUUGAUCCGUUUCCUCGUGAUACUCAGAGCAUCCUUGAAAUUCUAGAGUCCAACACAGGAGUGAGAUAUCGCAACAGCUCAGGGUGUUUCAUUCUUUCUGGGACUUUUAUCCAAAUUGAAGCAGCGAAUAAAGUUCUUCGACACCUAGUGAAGGGAAAUGGAGAGAGAAAUUCAGCACAAACCGAGGCAGAUCCUUCCAAUAGAUUGGAUGAACGUGGCAGUGAUUCAUCUAGCAUCUCUGAGUCCAGCAGCUUUGAUGUUCAACCAAAGGUUAUGCAACUACUGAAACGAGUACACAACAAGAAACUUCAAGACAUUCAAGAAACCUUCUCUGUGGAGAUUGAUUGGAUUGAAAACACAAACCAAGUGAACAUAUGUCCAAAGAAAGGGCUAAACAAGCUCAUUCGUCUCCAAGAAGGCUGUGAUGCUUUCAUCAAUCUUUAUCAGGAAUUUUAUCCAAACAUGGCACGGGAGGAAGUAGAACUCUCAGACAGUGCCAAUGAAAGACUUGUCCAGCAAGUCGUUAGUGUUGCUGAGGCUGAUGAUCCCAUAAUAGUUGAAAAGGCAGAUAAAAACUUAGUAGUCUAUGCGGAGAAGAAUAGCAUUAGAGGCUAUGUACAAUUGUUGAAGGAAAAACUUGGUAUAGCCCGCGACAGCAACAGUAAAAGGACAAGACGUGGCCAAGGAAGCACAGGACAAAGUACUUCGCUCAAUGACAAAAGAUCAAGGCAAGGUGGAUAUUUACCGACUCAACAUUUAGUUCACGUACUGGACAACGAAGUGAAGUUAUCUCUAUACAAGGGAGAUAUCACCGAUGAGGCUGUUGAUGCUAUCGUCAAUGCAGCCAACGAGAGGCUUCAGCACGGCGCUGGUGUGGCAGCUGCUAUUGUGCGCAAAGGGGGGCGUCAGAUACAAGAAGAGUCCAAUCGAUUAAUAAAACGAUAUGGGACACUUAAUGUCGGCGGAGCUGUUUACACUAGUGGCGGUAGUCUUUCCUGUCGCUAUGUAAUUCAUACUGUUGGUCCAGAGUGGUACAGACAUGGGAAAGAUAUGAGCAGAUCCCUUCUCUACCAAGCUUGUGUUGAAAGCCUUGCUCUUGCAGUGAAAUUAAACCUUUCUUCCAUUGCCCUAACGGCCAUCAGCUCUGGUAUUUUCGGCAUGCCAAAAGACGCUUGUGCUGAAGUCAUGUUUUUUGCAAUAGAAGAAUUCAGUUCAAGUGAAGGCGCCAAGUUUAGUACCCUUCGUGACGUGCGCAUCGUCAUCAUUGAUGAACCAACAUUAAGCGUUUUUCAGGAAGAGUUUGUGAAACGCUAUGAUCCACGAGAGGCAUCACCAGAAACAAUGUCCACCCAGGGACGUUCCUCCUCCGAUGGGCAGGAGUCAAUUGCUUCGGCCCCAAACUCAAAAGAUAGUGCGCAUCAGUCGAAUAGAAAUGAUUCAUCUCUGCCAACAGGGCAGUCACAGUUUGGCGACAACACAUUUUCUUUAGAAAAACGAGAGAAGAGCGGAGACUCUGGCCUACCAAGGGAACCAACUAAUCCAGAAAAGGUCGGGAAGAGCACCCACAGCACCACACCCAAUAGCGUCAAGGAAAAUCAUGAAAAUGGCAAAACAAAUAGUCCAUCAAAGGGCCAGUUGGAGGAGGUAGAUCCAGUAAAGAAUAACAAAAGUACUGGUCCUCUAGUCUUAUCUGGAACAGGAAGAGGAAGAGUUAAUCUUGCAGCCAAUUUUACUGGAAAGGAAACAACUGCACAACCAACCAGAGAUACCCAUCUGCUUAAACCCUCUUCAGAAAGUCAAAAGGGAGGAGUUCCUCCACCUGGCCUUACUGUGACACAAGAAGGAAUAACUCUAGCGAAAGCCGUAAGUAAUCAUGGGGCAGGCGAUCAAAAGGGUAACAGCGAUGACACUGUUAAAGCCAAAAACGCAGAGGACACUGGUGAACCUAGCAGAAAAGAUUUGCAAAACGCAAAGCAAGUUCAAAAUUUAGCCAAUCAAAAUGAUGACUCGGAAAAUUCCGAAAUCGAAUCAGGCAACGGGAACAGAACAGAUCAGACAUCUUCAAGAGAGGGAAGUAAAAAACAUUUAAAUAACCACGAUGUAGGUGACGACAAACAGCACCCUCAGCAGCUAAAGGAAGAAGAUAUCCCAACACUAGGCAAGAAAACUGACCAAGAAUCUGAGGGACUUACAAACCCAACAGUCAAUGACAACAAUGAAGCAGUUUCGUCGCAAGAUGAAGUGACCAGUCGGUCACCAAAGCCGGAAGAAACGCAGACAGCAAAGGAAAGCACACUUGAAGAUGACCCUUCCGCCAGCUGUACAAGUCCGUCGUCUGAAGACUUAUUCUCAAAACAAGACGUAACUGACGUCGAUAAAGACAACAUUGGAGAACGGAGGAAUGCCGAGAAGUUUGAAAGUCAAGACCAUACUACAGGUAUCCAGUCCGAUUCUGUACGCUUUAAAUCGUGAUAUUUUGCAACACACUCCGGCAGCAUACCUAACUGGGCUGUCUUCGUUUAUUCUCAUUCUUUGAUAUUCAAGAGUGUUAAUAUUAUGGCCUAAAACGCAACCAAUAAUUUUGAUUUUAUAUCAACUUACCUUUGUAUUAUUUCUUUGCCCUUGAAAGUCUUUUCCUAUUCAUAUCCAUUGCCAUUUCGACAUUAAAAAAUUAUGUAAUUUGGUCAUAUUUUUGCUGCUACAUGCGUUUAUUACUGUUCCUAUAGAAAUCGUCACUUUUGAAAUGCAGAGCUCUCAGCUCAAAUAUGAAAAGUGUUCACUGACUCGAUCGCGACUUGUUCGUGAAUUCCCGGCAAAUAAACGAACUUGCUGGCUGUAGAAUGUUCGAGUUGUUCCUACUCAAUCGGCUACGCCUCUUGCAGUACUUGAAUUUCUCGUUCAUUUUGCAGCCAGCGUAUGUGUUAAUAUGUCGGUUACUAUAACCUUGAAAUAACAGGUAAAUAAUAAGUAUUUACUCUUGUAUAUAUGUAUUAAUGUAAAGUUCAAUAUCUCAUAUCAAAUCUUCCGCGUGAAUAGAUAAAAAAAAGUUGCUUUAAAUCAAAUGCCGAGAAGAUCAUCACAGCUAAAGACGCAACUUAUGCAGUCGCGAAAAGAAAACCUGAAAAAGUCUAGCUUGCCGGGUUUCGAGGCCCUGACCUCUGUGAUACCGAUGCAGCAUUCUAAUCAAUUGAGCUGGCAAGCCAACUGGGAGCUGGUCAUUAAAUUGGUUCGUAAUAUAUCCGGGAAAUAUAAAAAUGCUCUUAUUCACAGAAUUAUUUAAUCUAAACCUGAAUAUAGAUUUGAUCCUUAUAAAUCCUUCUUUUUAGGUCCACUAAUGCUUUGUGAAGGGCAGAAUGGCCAUCAGAGUGGACAAAAAUGCUUGAUGUGCAUGAAUUUACAUAAUGAUCCUGUUUUUCUUUGGCGGUGUGGAAGUAAUCAUCGCUACUGCAAGUCGUGUUCAGAUUUUUUAGAUGGUGCUGGAAUUUGUCCGAAGUGCCGAAAGGAAGCUCUUCGUCAAGGAAACCAACCAGUUGGAAACAUGACCUGGGUGACGGAGCCAAAUAGUUCACUUCCAGGUUACGACAGUUGUGGAAUUAUUGUAACGCACUUCAUCUUUGACCAAGGGAUUCAAGGUGCUUGUCGUUAUGUUUUGUUUUGUUUUCGUUAGCCAGUGACAGCUACACAUUUGCGGUCGUACGACCCUAUAUUUCUAGCUGAUCGGCGGAUCGUUUGGUCUUCUCAAAUCAGUAUGUUCCCCAGUGAAUUACUGUAAGCAGUUAACAAAAUAAUCUGUCGUCAAAAUAAGAAAGGAAUUAAGUUUGCAAGCUAUGGAAUUUAACAUUUCUUCCAGGUCCAGAACAUCCCAAUCCAGGAAAACCUUACAAAGCCUUGAACACUACAGCCUUCCUGCCUUUGAACUCAGAUGGUAAAGAAGUUUGUUGCCUGUUACGAAAGGCUUUUGAUGCAGGGGUCCUAUUUGCAAUUGGGAAGUCACCGACUACUGGAGAAGAGAAUAAUAUCAUUUGGAACGGCGUUGAACUUAAGACAAGUCAAACUGGAGGUCCAGCCAGGUACAGUAUUAUGCAAAAGAAAUUGAAGCUCGUUUCGACACAUUAAAGGUUUGAGAAACUUUCGUAAUUUGACCAAAUUUCAAUUUCGUCUUUUCUUGAGGCCAUGCUCUUUAUUAUCGUCGGUUGCUCUGACGGAAGAUCAACAAAUUAAUUAAUGAUCGUCAUUUUCAUCGUCCUCAUAGACUCAUCGUCAUCCUCACCGUCAUCCGUAUAGAACCUUUACGUAUGGACUAACUCGUCGCAUUGUUUCCAUAGACAGUAAAAAGUAUCCAAAAUUGUUUCACUCUCUCAGUGCAAGAGUUAGCCUUUCCAUAGUUAAGCACCCUUCCAGUUGCAAAAGGUUUAGUAGAAGAGUCUAAGAAAAGGCACCUUGCAGUUUGCAGCUGGAAGUUCACGUGGUACAAAUCCGUCAUACUGGAGAGCCAGUGACGUGCUGGAACAAGACAAAGAGCUCGUAUCAUCUAAUAUGGUAAUUUCCUUUGUUUGUCUUGUCCCAGUGCGUCCUCCAGCAUGGCGAUUUUUUACCACAUGAAUGACUAGCUGAAAGGGCGUAUUGGCUGUUUCAUGCUAGAAAAGUAUUGGUAAGCUCUUCGGGUCUGGGUGUCCUGUGGCACGAGUGCCUUAACCUUUAGUACUUCUCCAACUUAACUCUUCACUCUAUGAGUAUCAGCAUGUCUACUGUUUAAGAAUGUAGCUUACGUGGUAAGCGUAACCAGAGCUGGGUAGAAGGGUUUUCACAUUCCUCGUUUACGUUUGCCAGACAGUCUAUUAUUCUCAAUUGUGCUUCCACUUUUCUCUUUUGAGGGCGUCUCAAGGAAAGUAUUCCAAAUAACCUGAAGAUCGUUAUUGUAUGCUGUCUAAUGUAGAUGUAAUCCUCGAUCUUCCGUUGCAGUUAUGGAUACCCAGACCCCAACUAUAUUGAUCGCGUGAAGAAGCAGCUGGCUGAAAAAGGAAUUACACCUUCCCAAGAAUGAUACAUUAUUCUAUAGCACAGUUUUGGACUAUACGAGCUUAUUUUCGAGACCUUGCUUGUGCGUAGGCUACCGUGAUUAUUCAACGCAUUAAAUAACAUUUAGAUUAAAUUGAAAUUGACUAUAGAAUAGAAAGCAAGAAAACAAUAUAAUUUAGUGAAAGAGCGUCUAGUGGUGAGGGGACCUCACGAAGCCAAAGACUUGUGCAGGGAGAUCCCCUCUUGAUAUCAGACAACUUAAAGGAGCUGUGUCACGAAAUUCAGCCAAAUUAGGUAAUUACAAAUUAAAAUGCCCGUUAGAUUAAGAGAAACGUAAAAAUAACCGCAUUACAGGAAGGUUAAAAUAACACAACAGAUACAACAGAUUCCAUGGAUGGGCAAAAUUGAAGAAUAUUGAAACGGAUUGAAAUUAGGGUUUUUGAAAACUGUUCAGCCUAACAGUUUUUCAAAGGUGAUCUCUGCUGUUGGCAGCUUCAAAAGUAAUGAUCAAGAGACAAAUUUGUGUGUCUCUAAUCUCCGAUUUUGUCAUUUACAUGUAAUUUCUUUGCUUACUUUAAGUUCCAGGGCGAGCAAUUGGCAAAAUUAAACAAAAUGAACUGGACUGCCGUGACACAAGCCCUUUAAGUUAGAUACCAAAAAAACGUGGGCUUGUAAUACUCUUUGACUAUCAUGUUAUCUACAACCUCGGACAAAACCUGUUGUGACCGAUGGCAAAAGUACCUAUUUUUUCCUGUCAUCCGGGCAAAAAUGAAGACCGUAGCCAAAUGAAUGCCUGUUUCCCCCUCCCUUUAUCCAAUGUUGUUUAGGACAGCAUGACAAUUAUACACGUUGGUUUUUACUCCAAAAAAAUCUAUUAAAAAAAGGAGAUGAAGAGGGGACUUACUUUUUACUCAAAAGUUAGAAAAUUGAUGGAACUGUCUCAACACUUUUGUGCAAGGUUGUAGCCUUCCAGAUAUGUUAGCUAGGGGAUUUGCUUUUUUGUACCAAACUCAUAUAGAAAGAAAACUAGAGUAGGUUGGGAACAGAAGCACUUAAAUAGUAUCCAUGAGUUUUUUUAGAAGAAUUGAGAACCUUUCCAUUAGAUAAUACUAGCAAAGUUGAAAAUUCCGAUAUUUUUCCAAGAACCUUCCUAUUUAGAUUUCAUUCUCUUGCACGUCUGCAUAAAGUAGGCGUCUGGAAAGAUGUGGUAAAGAAGAUACUGAAAGUGGUCUUUGUUCGAGUGCGGAAGCGUCCCUGCUUGGCCAAGUCCACUUCCCAAUAAUACCUUAUAGACACCCUUUGGUUACCUAACAAACAAACUUUCUACCUCUGUGAUAAACCCUUUAUCCAAACUAUGCAUCCGUUCAUCCCGAACUAGGACCUGGAUAUUAAACGUUAAGUUAGGGUAAUUGAUAUAAUCCAGUCUUAUAGGAAUGAAAUAACUAAGACAUCAAGUAUGGUAUCUUACCGGAAUUUUAACAAUCUGACUUGAGUCAUGACGAUUUUCUACUAGGAUAAUUAAGGAAGAUAAUGAAGGGGGAUAUGGCUUUCUUGGGCGUAAAAAACUGUAGUCAUGUGCCCAUUCAUGCAGGGAUUGGAUUCGAAGUGAUGAGUGUCCCUAUUAUACCUUGUGGGGUUCUCUUGGGCUAAAUCAAGACUACGAUGAAGGAAAGAGGAAACAUGCAUAUGAGCGUCCUUAAUCCUCCAAUAGACACAAUUUUCGCUUGUUAGUACAAAGUACAAAUGGUGCAGAGUAUAUAUGUAGUGGACAUGCAUCUCGGAAAGGUUAGAAAAACUCAUCGAUUAUUCAAGUACAAUGCCUCCUACUGACUUAUUUCAGCACCAACUGCGAACUACAGGCAAACCUCUCUCUAGCGGUCAGCCCAGGGAAACAGACAAGAGGUCAAUAUAUAUUCGCUUUAUAGUAAUUUACUGACAAUUUUAUCCCCCAGGACUCCCGUAAAUGGCCACUAAAUACAGGGGUCCUCUUAAUUGUCAAAGUUAAAAGAGGUUCGACAGUUUCACUGGGG